AUGUCCCAGCUAAGAGACAUCAAGGUCCAAGCACUGGAAGCUGAGAAAGAUGUUCGCUCGGCCUCGACUCAGAAAGAGGCGUUGGAGGCUGCAAUUAACGCGGCAGAGCGUUAUAUGAAUGCUCUCCGGCUGGUUAAUGACCCGGUUGAAAAGAAACUGUUUGACUCGAAGUGCAAGGAAUACCUCACUUUAGCUGAAAAAAUCAAGCAGUCCAGCAAGGAUGGAGACAAGAAAUUUACCCCAGUGAUACCCGCUUUACAGCCCAUAGAUGCAGUGGGCAGAGAACCAACCUCUACAAGGACUCAAUCUAAUCGCGAACAGAUUAUAUUACUCGAAAACUCCAAGCUCAAUGGGUUUGUUUUUCCUCCAUGGUCAAUGACAGCUGCACCUGAUGUAAGGGAAUUUCAACUUGACGAGGACGGUGGGCUAUUUCGUGAUGUUUCUGAUCUCCAAAUAUGUCCUGUUCAGCGUGAAAUAUUCGAUGGUUGGAAACGGCCUUCGGAAAUCCUGGGUCAUCAUACGUCAGGUUCCCCAAUCUUGCUAGGUUCAAAUCCAAUGGACCUAGUUCAAGAUGUAACCACAGAUUGCUCUGUUGUGGCAAGUCUGUGCACGGGAGCAUCACCGUGGAAGGAAGGAGUUUCUCAGCUCGUUCGUUCUGUACAAAUGUACCCCACUGAGGACGGCAAUGUUCCACAUAUUUCUCCUUCGGGGAAGUACAUUUUUCGUUUCUAUUUCAAUGGCUGUUACCGAAAGGUCGUUAUUGACGAUAUGCUUCCUUCUUCCAAGACUUUGCGAUCACUGCACGUGAUAGAUAGAAACAACCCUUCAGCCAUAUGGCCCGCCUUGGUUGAAAAGGCUUAUCUGAAAGUAAGAGGGGGUUACGACUUCCCGGGAAGCAACUCUGGGACUGACUUAUGGGUUCUAACUGGUUGGAUUCCUGAGCAAGUCUUUUUGCACCAUGAUGAACUAGCUCCUGAUCAUCUAUGGCAGCGUAUUACCAAAUUCUUCCAGUCUGGAGAUAUAUUGCUAACGUUAGGUACCGGGAAUCUGACAGAGUACGAGGAAAAUGAGCUUGGCCUUAUCAGUUUACACGACUAUGCAGUCUUAAGCUUCCAAGAAAGGGAUGGAAUUCGUCAAAUGCUUAUCAAAAACCCAUGGGCCGCUGGGCCUGUCUGGAAAGGACUAGGUCAGCUGAGUGAGAGCUAUAUUCUAAGUGAUGAACUCGAACCCGAACCGUCACAUCCAUCAACUACAGCCCCAGGAACGUUCUGGAUGGCCUUUGAAGACGUCCUCCAGAAUUUUGAUAACCUGUAUCUAAACUGGAAUCCCGCUCUAUUUAACUACCGCCAGGAUAUCCAUUUUCGUUGGGACCUGUCGUCUACAAGCAUAGUUCCAGGGUGCUUUGCGGGAAAUCCUCAAUUUGCUGUUUCCACCAAAUCUGGUGGGACGGUAUGGCUUCUUCUGGGGAAACAUUUUAAGACUGGAGAUUAUAAAAAAUUGGCGAACCAACUCUUGGAAGUGACUCCCGGCGCCGACCAAGCAGGGUUUAUCAGCCUUUACGUGUUUGACAAGAAAGGAAUUAGAGUUCAUUUGGCAGACGGGGCUCUCCGGCGUGGCCCUUAUGUUGAUUCACCAAACACGGUGAUGAGACUUGAGAUGCCACCCAACUCGACCUAUACCGCCGUCGUGUCAGAGCAAUCUCAUCAGAGAUCGCUGUAUAGCUUUUCUAUUUCCGCAUUUUCUACAUCCCCAAUUAGUAUCAACCCAGCGAAGGAGAUAUAUUCUCACGUCGAAAAAUUAUCUGGGGCCUGGACUGUAUCCACAGCCGGCGGUAAUGCUGAAUCUGAAAGAUACCCCGAAAACCCCCAAUUCCAGAUACAAAUCCUUGAGAAAUGUGAUGUCAAUAUUCUCCUGGAAGCGGAAGAUCCUGGCCUUGCAGUCCAUGUGAGCCUUAUUUGGUCAAGUGGGGGUCGAGUAGCGUGCGUUCGUUCACGGGAUAUAGUUGUUGGCAGUGGUGAUUAUCGUCGUGGAGUCGCUUUAGCAGAGAAAGUAGAUGUGACCAAGGGGCUGUACACCAUUGUUUGCUCAACAUUCACGCCAGACCAACUGGGAAAAUUCACCCUUUACGUUUCUACCACUGCGCCUUGCUAUGUUAGGCAACUGCCAGCCGAAGGGGCCGGCCAUUUAGUUAUGAACUCCGGCACUGGAAUUUUCCCUCCAGGGACGGACAGGAUUCUAGCCCCGAUUACCACUCCGCGCCUGGCACGGCUAAAAUUAAUAUGCAGACGCCGCGGGUCAUCGAUUGGAGAUCGCAAUGCCGCCCCUUCCCCAAUACUUAUGACGGUGGAGCUUGGGCAAGGACCAUAUAAAGAAAUCCUCGCUGGUUCCGGAGAUGGGAACUUCACUGACGAUGUCAGAGGCGCUCGCAUUGAAUCAGUAGAUCUGCAGCCAGAGUUUGAACGGCGAGGGGGGAUAUGGCUUGUUGUUGAACGUAUUGGUGGGCCAAGUGGCCAGGUUGAAGAUCGCGUGGAGGUGGAGAUUCUUUCAGAGGAGCGGAUCGGGAUAGGUUCCUGGGGUGUGGGUGAUGGAUGA